CUGCUCCGCGCUCAUGGGUGGAGCUUCAGUCAGGAAAUAGAAACAAGAAGAAGAAGAGCUGUGAAGCAAACUGUCCCCGCGUUACUCGCUGCUCUUACUCCGGAUGCUCCUCCACGUGAACUUUAUCACCAUGAACUUGCACAGAAAAGACACAGAGGAUUUGAGCCUGGACGUCUGCGAGUGGCUGGAGUGCGUGCGUUAGAGACCAGCUGAAGAUGCAGGGGGCCAUAGCGCGAGUGUGCAUGGUGGUGGCCGCCGCCAUUCUAAACCACCCCUCGCUCUUUCCUCGAGAGAACACCACACUCCCGGACCAGGACAAGGAGCUGAUGGCUCGCAUGCGGGAGCACGAGGAGCGGCUGGAGAUGGAGCAGGCCAAGCUGGAGAAAGAGCUCUCACAGCUAGAGUCCAAGCAGGAGGAAACCGGCUCGGAGGGCGGUUUCAGUUGGUACUUUUGGAGCGUUUUGUCUUUUGUGAUAUUCUUCACCAUCGAGAUGUGCAGGGUGGAUCUCGCCGACGCAGAAAUCCGACCGGUGGAGGAGGAAGAAGUGUUUCCUGAGAGUGGAUCCAUCACCCCCAGGAUGAUGGUGCUGGACAAGGAUAUCCUGAGCAACUUCUGUGACAAAUGCAACUACACUUCAGCCCACGAAAACUGGAGGGUGAGGGAGUUUGUGGAGGGAUUUGCUGAUGACUUGCUGGAGUCGCUCAGGAGCGUGUGCGACAGGGAGGCAGACAUGGAGGUCGGAGACUUCAUCGGAGUCGGAAGCAUGUUUGAGUCCUGGAAAGUCUGCAAGCCUCUGACCUGUGACCUCAUAGUGCCUUUCUCGCCUCCGGACCCGCACUCCUUCCAGUACCAUCUGUGGUGCAGCCCCUCCAGUGACGUGCCCCCAGACAUGCUGGGCUGCGGCAAGAUAAAGGUGGCCAAGUUUUGGGAGAGCGAGGAGGGCUGCCUCUGCGGCUCCGCUAACCUGGGAGAGGACAUGCUGUGUCUGUUGCAUGGCAGGAAUGAGGUACACAAAGCAGGCCACAGUCCAGAUGAACUGCUGUGCUCCAGAAACACACAUUUCUUAGCCAAGGAUCAGGUCAUGAGGUGGUUUCAGAUCUCUGUGACCAAAGCGUGGGGCCGCCUCUCCCACAAAUACGACUUCGAAGUGACUUUUCGCAGCCUGGAUGCCGCCGGCGCUCUGAAGAUCCGGUUCCGCUCGGGGAAAGUCAUCGUACUGAACAUCAUUCCGGUGGUUCAACUCCACGACACAGAUGCUUAUUUUGUCUCCCACUUUCCAUCAGAUUGUGACAGCUGCCCAGACCCGUACUGGCCCCUCUCUUUGGCCGUCUACGAGAGGGAUUUGCUGAAACAUUUUGCUAAACGCCUCCCACAGAAUUCCUGUCAUUUACACUGCCUGCAGAUUGUUACAUUCCUUCACAGAAAGCAGUCAGGGCUCACGGGAAAGACUGGCCUGACUAACUACCACUUUAAGACAGCCGUGUUGCACUUGUUGCUGAGUAAAAAGGCCUCCGCGUGGGGCAUCGAGAGCUUGCAGCUCAGGCUUCAGGAUGUGCUCAGCCUCAUGCAGAGGAGCCUGCAGGAGAAGAGGCUCAACCACGUCCUGAUCGGGAACAGCAAAGUCCCGGUGGACAUCCACGUUCCCGCGAUGUUUCGCAAGGCGGAGCCCGUCAAUCUGUUCAGGUCUCUGGUGCUGCAGAGGGAGCUGUACGCGGCGACACUCAGGCACUUUCAGGAGAUGCUAAGGAACGCAUCUGUGCUCAUACAAGAGUACACGCCUUACUUAUCGAAUGGAGGUUUACAUCACAGCCUAGAUCAAAGUUUAUGAAGUAGUAUGUGAAGUUUAAGCAGUGGCCUUAUUUCAUCACGUACCAUCCAGUUACUAAAAGUCAUGUCAGAAUAUGGCUGAUAUGUAGACAUGCAGCUGCUGUCUUUGCUCCUGACAAACUAACCAGCGUGUUGAGAGUGUGGCCACCAGCAUUUCAGCGGUUUGUUCUUUCAUUUUCGUCAUCUAGUACUAAAAUAGUGUUGGCGUUUGUUAGUAUGUAAACCAGGAAGAGAUGUCACUCUUCUCUAAAAAGAAGCAGCAUCAAUAUCAUAUCAUUUUAGUAAGGAUUUUUAACAGAAAUACCUCUCACACUGUGCCGUUCUAAACAGGAAUCAUUUACCUAGUGGUAUUGCAGGGUUAUAAUUAUUAUUAUUAUUUUUAUAUACACUUAUACUUUUCUAAAUCUGAUGGCAGCUAUCAAGAGUUGUAAUGUUCAACACAACCUCAUUUUUAUUGGUUACUGGAGCUUUUCUUUUGCAGAUUUCUUUUCUGAUAUUUCCUACUUUGUUGAUGUAGUUAACAGUUUGUUAAAUGGGACCGCCCUGCGAGGCCUGGAGGGAAAACACAAUGUCAGUGUUUUUAUUACUUCGUGUUGUGUGUGACACAAUCAGAAAGUUCAGAGUCAUCAGUAUCUUUUUAUUUAAAAAAAGGCGGCGUAUUGAAGCACACCAAAUCAGUAAAAAUCAAACAAGCUUAAACUGGACAGCCUUAAGAUUUUAUCUUGUGCAGUACAAUCACAAAUGAGAGUUUACGAAGU